AUGGGUUUAAAGAUGUGCAUGAACGCAUCUUGUGGUUCGACUUCUACUGUCGAAUGGAAGAAAGGUUGGCCUCUUCGAUCUGGUCUUCUCGCUGAUCUCUGUUAUCGUUGCGGAUCCGCUUAUGAGAGUUCUCUCUUCUGUGAAACAUUCCAUAUGGACCAAUCUGGUUGGAGGGAAUGCUUUUUAUGUAGCAAGAGACUUCAUUGUGGAUGCAUUGCUUCUAAGCUUAUGGUCGAGCUUAUGGACUAUGGUGGUGUUGGUUGUGCCACCUGUGCUAAUUGCCAUCAAGUUAAUUUGCAUAAGAGGGAUGAAAAUCCAGGUGUAUUUGGCAGAUUAACAAUGCAAACCUUGGCAGAUAGGCAACAUAUAAAUGGGGAAAGUGGAAUGAAUAUCGACGUAGGAAGAAAUGAAGCAGGUCUCUUUUCUCAGCCACUGGGCCUGGGCGGAGAUAAAAGAGAAGAGUUCAUGCCUCACCGUGGGUUUGGUAAGCUUAUGAAACCGGAAAAUACCACCGCCGGGUAUAGGGUGGACGCUGGGGAAAUGAAUGAAUCGUCACCGUCACAGCCAUCUUUGAACAUGGCGUUGGCAGUAAUUCCUUACAGCCCAUCUUUUUCAACCGAGGCUGUUGACGGGAAGAACCACAUUGGUGCUUCUCAGUCCCAUAUGCUGCAAUGCUCUGCGCCUAGUUUACUGCAAAAACCUUCAAAAUCUGCUCUUGCAACUCCUCCUGGGACUAGCAAGUCUGCUCAGCCGCCGCGGAUUGGGAGGCCUCCUGUGGAAGGGCGAGGGAAAGGCCAUUUACUUCCCCGGUAUUGGCCAAAAUAUACUGAUAAAGAGGUUCAGCAGAUCUCGGGAAAUUUAAAUUUGAACAUUGUACCUCUUUUUGAGAAAACUCUUAGUGCCAGUGAUGCUGGUCGCAUUGGUCGUCUAGUUCUUCCAAAAGCCUGUGCAGAGGCAUAUUUUCCUCCCAUUAGUCAAUCGGAAGGCAUUCCUUUGAAAAUCCAAGAUGUGAGGGGUAAGGAGUGGACGUUCCAGUUCAGAUUCUGGCCUAAUAACAACAGUAGAAUGUAUGUCUUAGAAGGUGUCACUCCCUGCAUACAAUCCAUGAUGCUGCAAGCUGGUGAUACAGUAACUUUCAGUCGGGUUGAUCCCGGCGGGAAACUAAUCCUGGGUUCCAGGAAGGCAGCUAAUACUGGAGACAUGCAGGGUUGUGGUCUCACCAACGGUACUUCAACCGAGGACACAUCAUCGUCUGGUGUUACAGAGACCCCGCUGUCCAUUAAUGCUUCCUCUGGUCCCUCACAAAUACCAAAAGAAAUGAAUGGUUUGCCUGAGCAUUUGACCUCACCUCAUGCUGGUAGUAGCUUGAAGAACAAUGAGAUUAACGGAGGCAGGAUGUGUGAUGAUCCGCCACGGGUUAAGGAAAAGAAGAGGACUCGAACCAUUGGGACAAAAAAUAAGAGAUUGCUUUUGCAUAGUGAAGAAUCUAUGGAGCUGAGAGUCACAUGGGAAGAAACUCAGGACUUGCUUCGUCCCGCUCCUAGUGCAAAGCCUAGCAUCGUCGUCAUCGAGGAGCAUGAAUUUGAAGAAUUUGACGAACCUCCUGUCUUUGGGAAGAGGACGAUAAUCACUUCAAGACCUUCAGGUGAACAGGAACGAUGGGCAUCUUGCGAUGACUGCUCUAAAUGGAGAAGGUUACCGGUAGAUGCUCUUCUUCCCUUUAAGUGGACAUGUGUAGACAAUGUUUGGGAUGAGAGCAGGUGUUCGUGUUCUGCACCGGAGGAGAGCCUGAAGGAACUUGAGAAUGCUCUUAAAGUUGGGAAAGAGUACAAGAAGAGACGAAUUGGGGAAAGCCAGGGAGGAAAAACUGAGCAAGAACCGUCGGGUCUGGAUGCCCUAGCGAGUGCAGCAGUCUUUGGAGACACUCUAGGUGAGCCAGAGGUUGCGACCACGACCAGACAUCCAAGGCACCGGGUUGGAUGCUCUUGCAUUGUGUGCAUUCAGCCGCCAAGUGGGAAAGGUAGGCACAAGCCCAGUUGUGGCUGCAACGUGUGUAGCACCGUGAAGAGAAGGUUCAAAACUUUGAUGAUGAGGAGGAAGAAGAAGCAGUUAGAGCGUGAUGGAUCAGCAGCAGCAGAUGAGGAAAACAAGGAAGCGAAACAGGGCGAGCCUGAUAAGAAUAAGGCAGACAAGGAAGGGAGCACAGGGAGGAUAGAUCUGAACAGUGAUCCUUAUAACAGAGAAGACACUGAAGCUGCGGCGGUGGAGAAAGAUGAGAGUAGAAGAAGAGAAGUAGGGCAGUGUUCGGGCGUAGCUGAAGGCGGUGAUGUUUUAGGAGUUACAGAGUUAGAAGGAGAGGCUGAGAAAAUCCGUGAAGAGCCGAAAGGUUCAAGCUGA